GCCUCUUUCCCCCCCUCUUCGCCACGUGCGCCUGUGCGCGCUCCCCAGGCGCCGGCACACUCCCCUCGCCUUUCACGUGUCGCCCCCCCUCCUCCCCUUGCCCUCUUUCUCCCCCGAUCCACACGUAGGCCGACCCCUCCGGCCAUGGGUGACGGCUUUGUCGCUCCGCUGACCGGGCUCUUCCCGAUGGAGCACAGUUUCGGGCCCUUCUCCAGUGCAUUGAGCGCACGGCGUCGCCCCCCGGCGGGUGACCUGCCCGCGGGUCAGAUCGGGUCGCCUUCCGGAGCCGCCUCGGCGGCGACCGUGCCGGCACCCUCGGCGGAGGCCCCGCUGCCUGAGGCACCGGAGACCCCAGUGCGUCGGCCACCCGGCGGCGCCGCUGCACCGACCGUAACCCCCGGCAGUGCGGGCGGAUUGUUCCUCUCGCCCGCCGCAUUGGCCGCCCUGUCGCAAGAUCUGCCCCAUGUGGGAUCUUCGCUGGCAGCCCGGGGGACAGCUGGCUCCGGUCGAGCCGCCGGCGAUUUGGAUGGGCUUCUGCUUGGAUCCGAGAUGGCCGGCCUAUCGACCAUCGAGGAGCAGGCGGCGAUUGUGGCCGGGCUGCGGAAGGAAAACUUCGACCUGAAGCUGCAAAUAUACCAGCUGGAGCUGCGCAUGAGCCGCUUGGAUGCAAAUGGCGCGCCGACUGCCAUGGCCACCGAGCAGGGGGGUCCUACGAGCGAACAGGUGUCCCUGCUAUCGGAGCAACUUGCCGCGGCCGAAUCCCAGGUCCAGGAAUAUGCCGAGAAGUAUGACUCAAUUAGUCACGAAAUGGCCGAGCUCCGUUCGCAACUCGCCGAGAGCGAGAGCACCAACAACUCCCUCAAUGCGGACCUUGCCCGUGCCCAAGCCCAAGUGGAGGCCCUCCAGCGGCGAAUUUCCACGCACGAUGAGCAGGUCUCCCGGCUGUCGGGGCAGGUGGACCGGGAGCAGGCUCUGCAGAGGGAUUUAUUGGCCCAGCUUGAUCGCCGAACUGCGGCCGAUGGACAUCUGUCCUCGGAGCAGCUGGCCCAGGCCGAGGCCCGGGCCCUGGCGGCCGAGCGCCGGGCGCUGGAUGCCCUGAGCCAGCGCGACGAGGCGCAGCGGCAAAUGGCUCGUCUUCAGGCGGAGGCCAAAGCGCAGACCGAUUCGGUCGGCGUGGCACGGGCUCGGCUGGCAGACAUGACGGCGUCCUUUGAGCGGGAGCUGGCGGCGGCUUUUGAGCGGGGCCGAGCCACCGCGGCCCCGGCGGCCAGUCUGCUGCACCAGGUGGACGACGAAAUGCGCCGGGCCGAGGCGGUGAUUGGCCGCGCGUCCGGCAGCAUGGCUGGGUCAGCGGGUCCGGCGAUGGGUCCUCCUGCGGCGCCUGGCGAUGUCCAACUGGCCCGGGAGAUGGCGCCGCUCUUGCAGGAAGCCAUCACCUCGCUGCUGGUGGGCAUGCGCGAGGAGGCGCUCCUGGCGGCCGGUGGGGACGCCGGGCCCCGCGGCCGGGCCGCCCUUGAGGAUGCCCUCGGUGACUUGGAGGAAACCAUCCGCCAGUCGCUCCCGACGGACCUCGGGUCACUGCAGGGGCUACUGGCACGGCUGCUUCGGGAGUCUCCAUCGGCGGGUGGGGCCGGCGCCCGUGAGGCACGGCAUUUGCGAGCCCUCCGGCGGACGGCCGAGCGUCUGGCCGACACCGAGAGCCGGCUGCUGGACGCCGAGGAGGCUCUGAUGCAGCUUCUCCGACAGGGCACCGACCAGCAACAGUGGUAUGCGCGCCUGUGUGUGGCGAAUGGCAAGAUUUUGUCGGCCGAGAGUGCAGCCGCGCAAUUGGAAGCCCGCCUGCUUCAGGCCACCACGCGGGCCGAGACGGCCGAAGCCUCGGCCCAGGACCUCCGCCACACGGUGGGGCAAUUGGAGCGGCGCCUGGCAGCGGCCCUGGAGCGUCGGGCUCCCCCGCCGGCGAAGCCACUGAUGGACCAGUUGCUGGCCGGUGAGGAGUCCGAUUCGGAGGUCGAUGCCCUGUCCGGCCCGGCGAUGGAGCUGCUGCUUGCCGAAAACCGGGCCCUCAUCUUCCGCCUGGGCCAGCGAGAGAAACUCCUCAAUGAGGCUCUCGACCGGUUGGAGCUUUUAAGCCAUGUCCCCCAGGCGGUCCUUCGGCAGUAUGCCGGGUCCUCGCGGGGGAGCAAGAUGCCCGGUUCGGGCGCCGAGAGUGGCCCAGCCCCCCUGGGCCCGGCCGGGUCGAUUCCCUUGGCUGCCGUCCCGGCGGAACCCCCGGCCAGCGCCCCGGCAGCCGGGGCCACUACCUCGCCCUUUGUGCAACUGGCCCGGGAGCUGCUACCCACCGAUGGCAGGGGGCCCGGCGAGUCGGCGUCAUCGACAGCAUCAACAGCCGGGCCAAGUCCAAGCCCGAGCGGCGAAACGAAGCCCGCGGCCACCGAGGCCACCGACCGGGCACGUCGAGAGAAGGCCGUCCUGGCUGGGCUCGAGAAGCUUCGGGCCGCGCUCGAGGUUGAGCGCAGUCUGAUGGAGGGGCUUCUGCCCCGGGCGGCGGCGGCACCGCCACCGCCGCCGGAGCAGAUUGCCUUCUCCCCUCAGCCGACGAAGCAAGCCUUCCACUCCGCCGGCACGGAGCACCAAUACCAGCCCCAUCACUACCAGCGUCAGGAUUAUCAUCAUCAUCAUCAUCAUCCUCAGCAGCAGCAGCAGCAGCUCAAUUCCAGUGUCGGGCCCUAUGCAGCCGCCCCGGCCUUCGGGCCGACUGGGCCACCACCGGCACUUUCCUCGGGCGGUGCCCACGCGCACCAAGCGCCCGGACACGGGCCACCAUUCUCUCACCUCCCACAGCAGUUGCCCUACCAGCCGCAGGCAUACCAUGCGCAGCAGCCCUUCGUCGCCGGGUCGGCGAGAGGCCAAUACCAUCCCCACUGAGGGAGGGCCUGUAUGGCGCCUUCCCCACAAUACACCAAAUGCCAACGGUGGUACUUCCGUCGUCAAUUGCCUGAGUGCCCAUUCACAAUGUCC